GUGACCAGAAAAAUCUGAGUGACCGUGAGUGCCUGUGUUGGCGGCUGUCUGUAAUAUAUGUGACUUCAGUGAAUUUGAACAAUUUUUGCAAUGUCUUUGAAAACCAGCCCCUUGUUUUUCUUUGACCAGGCAGGUUUUAGCAAUUUUAAAAAGCCACGGAAACAGCCAGGAAAAGGAGAUUUUGAAGCACUUACUCCACCCAAAGGUCAACAAACAGUUAACAUAGCUCGCAGCCCACGGAAGACCAAAAAACGUUUGCCAGCCUCGGUGGUUUUAACUGAGCAUAAGGCAGAGGAUGUUGUUCAGGCCCCUGAACGGCCCGGCUCAGGAGCCAGUGUGCUCAAUGUCUUUGUUUCCUCGCUUGCGGAUGAAGAUGAGCAUGUGCAGUAUUUUGAGAACCUGAAAGCUGCUGCCCCUUUCCUGUUGACCGAGAUUGAUGGAAUGAUUCUUCACUGCAAGGUCGCUGGAAUCCCCUUCCCCCGGGGCCUGGAGAACAUCUUGAACUACAGCUGGACCGAUCUCAUCAAGGAUGUGUCCUACAACAGGAAGCAGUGGCCGACGGCAGCUUGUAAGAGAAUCUGUGUGCCCAAGAAGCCCCCGCAGAAGCUGAGCCGGACCCGUGGCAGUGCAACAUCGGCCAGCACCAUAACUGACAGCAGUAGAAGCAGAAGCAGAUCAGCGCCCAUAUCAGAGGAGCUGAAAGAGAAAACAAGAGUCUCGGUGAAUCAGAGACGCGCCCCACGCAGCACUGUCAAAGAAGUGAAGAAAACAAAAGAAGUUGAUGAACAGAAUGAAUCAAACAAAAUGAGCCAUUCUCAUGGGUACACAAUAAAUUUCUCAGUCUCGUCGAAAGCCUGCCUGGACCAAGGCUGGAUUAUCAAACCAUAUGAUGAAACCAUUGCAAAACUGAACUGGAGGGAGAUCUACACCCUGAUGUUGGAGAAACUUCAAGUCGAAAAUACUAAGAUCAAUUUUGAAAAGUCAAUGAUGAUGAAAUAUGGAUUUGACAAGCCAGUGAUUCUGCUGCAUUAUGAAGAGGCCAAAAUUGAACCUAGAUUCAGGAAGUACAUGGCAAUGCCAGAGAUGCCACUUCUAAAGGAUGGGAUACCUGUCAUUCCAAAUUUAAAAGUGGAGAACCCUGCUUUAAGUAAGCUGCAUUAUGCAUUGAAUGAUGGGUCGGCCAUCAUUUAUUAUCCUUCGGGUAAUAUCGCUGUGUGUCGCAGUCACUCUGGACUCACCUGCCAAGGGACUUUUUACACCAAUAUCUUCAAAGAUUCUGCGCUGCAACCUGUUUUACUGGCCAGUUUCACUCCAUUUGGGCAUGGAAGCAUUUUCUUAAGAGAAAAGAGGAAAAUCGUGUUGCAGUUCAAUGAGCAGGGCGGACUGAUGAUUGAUGAAGACAAAACGACACUGAAGAGUUGGCAGUGGCCAAGGAGAGGGAAGCUGCCUGAACCAGUUUGGAUCAAGGUCAAUGACUGCAUCACCAUCCGGAUUAUUGGACAGUUUUCCAUCCACUUCAUCUUCAAAUGGCAGUAUGAGACGAUUCGCUUCUCUCUCUCUCCCUUGCCAGAUGUCAUUCCCCCUCGGCCUGAUGAAUUGUUUCUGAGGAACCGGUCCAGUGUGCAGAGAACAAUCGGUGCUCCUCGUGCUGUUCCAGAAAUCACAAUCUACUACCUGAGGCAGCUGCAUAGAAAGAUCAAGAACAUUAUCAAUGAUUGGAUGGAGUAUUACAGAGCUGAAACUGGUCUCAGCAAACUCCCAUUUGUCAGACGUACUGAGAGCGACAGGCACAUCUUCAAAGUUCAAUCGAAGAAAGAACCUUCCAAAUCCUACAUGCCUCCAGUCAAAAGUUUUUCACCGCAGGCAGACUAUGUUCGCUUUCUGUCUGCUCCAGGCCAGGAACAGAAUGCAUGUCUACCCCGGAGCUGCUCCUUUUCCAGGAAUUUGGCUGCAAUGAUUAGCAGAGAAGGCAAUAUCGGCUUAAUGACAGCUAACAGACAUGGAUCUUCAACUCGUGCUAAUACCCAACAGUGGCUUCGGUUUCCUCAGGUUCCCAAGGAGGAAAAGGAGUGGUUGCUGUCACCCAGUCCGUGUCCGGUCAUACUGCGAGCUGCGAUGAUGGGCACAGUCAAGAAACGUUGUCAUUGCAGCACCACCAAGAUUCCCAACAUCACCGACCUGGAGUUUGACAUCUUCAUCAAGAAAUCGACAGCAGGGAGCGAGCAGCUCAUCAUUGUCUGCAUUGUUUCGUUGCAACAGUUCAAGUCUGCACCCUACGAGCAGAUGAUCCAGUAUUUGUAUGAGGAGAACAACCGAAACCGAAACCAGCCCUGUGUGGAGUGUCAAAAAGAUUCGUUCCGAUUAGUAAAGUACGACAUCAGCACGGCCCACGAGUACACAGGACAAAGCCCAGCGUUACUGGUCAAACGGCAUAACGUAACUCCUGGCAUGUUCCUGAUGUACAUUGGAGGGAAGCUGCUGUUUGCUGACCACAUUUUUAAUGGGUACAGUAACAGUAUGAAGGAUCUGAUGAAGCAGAUUACCAGAACAUACGAUGACUACGCCAAUGGCCGCCACCUACUGUAUGACUUCAGGUUCAGUUCCGUUGGAUCCACGAUGCCAAGUACCACACAGGAUGACACAUCUCUGCAACGUCAGGUUGAUCAGAGUGCAAGACCCAAAUCAGAAACCUCUUUUAAGCCAGCCAUAUGCAUCUUUCAGUCCGCUAACAGGGCUGUAACCAUCCAGGAUUUCAUCGCUUUUAGCUUGACUCAGAGAAACAUUUGUUGCGAUGCAGAGAGAAUUCCAGCGGAAACAAUGGAAAGCAUGCUGGAAUGCUGUUUCCAAAGACCCAACUGAGAGCUGUCUGAGAAGCAGAGAACUAUUGCUUGUACAUUGUAGAUAGAAUACAUCAGCUAGUGUACUUUCUACAGUUCCUACCUGAUAACAAUCACUGUUAAACUGUUGUUAGUUCUUACCAAAUAUAGCCGGAAGAAAUGGUUGUGCUGCUCCAAGAGUUCCAUGUUAUCCUUAAUCUUAGUCAUCAAACAUUUUAAGAUUACCACAAUCACAUUCAAAAUUCAGGAUCUGAGUGGGUAGAAGAUGUUGCCUUUCCUGAGAAGAAUGCAUCAGGUUGAUCAGUAAAAGCACAUUACCGCAGGGAUCGCCACUAACAACACAUUCACUGAGGGACCAUCACUAAAGUUACAUUCGCUGAGGGACUGUUAAUACAUUCACCCAGGGUCCAUCACUGAAGUCACAUUUGGCUAUUGGCACAAACCAUCAGUUGACAUUCCAGGAUUCAGUGCUCCAGUCUGUUUCAUGAAUGUGUAUACUAUUUCAUUCUACAUUAACAAAAGCCAAAUUCCUCCCACAUUCCUAAUGAAGUCUAGUUUAAUCUAAUGUUUCCCAAACCAGUCCUGGAACACAGCUAUGCUUCCACUAUUGGGUCCAGACUCCUCACUAUAGCACUGAAACCGCAUUGUAUAAAGGCACAGAUUUUUUUUUCUAAUUCACCUGUGGGAUGUAGCCAAUGCUGCAUUUAUUGCCUGUCUCUAGUUACUCUUAAGUAGGAGGUGGUGAGCUGCCUUCUUGAACUGCUGCAGUCCAUGCGUGUGCUGUAGGUUGACCUACAAUGUCCCUGGGGAGGGAAUUCCAGGAAUUUGACUCAGCGAUGCUGAACGAACAGUGAUGCAUUUCCAAGUCAGGAUGGUGAGUAACGUGGAGGGGAACUUGCAGGUGGUGAUGGAUCUACAUUUGUGUCUGAAGUUAAUACUGUGGACUCCCAGCGCAACUCCCUCCCAAAUGAAUACCACUGUGCUGCCACCUCUGAGUCUGUCCGGCCGGUGAGAUAGGGAAAUGUGUUGGUCAUGUCUGGGACAUUGCAAGGUAUGAGAUGUAAGUAUGAUUAUUUCAGGCUGUUGCUUGACUCAUCUGUGGGGCAGCUGUCACAAUGGUGGAGGACUUUUGCGGGGUUGACCGGGUUGUUUCUGCCACUAACUUUUCCAUUGUUUAGGUCAAUGCCAGAUGAUCCAUCUGGUUUCACUUGUUUUUUUUUUGUUGAGAUUUUGUAAUGAUUGAUACAACUGAGGGGCUUUCUGGGCUAUGUCAGAGGGCAGGUGAGUGACACAACCACAUUGCUGCAGGUCUGGACUCAAAUGUAGGCCAUACUAGGUGAGGAUGGCAGAUUUCCUUCACUAUAUUAGGAAGCCAAAUGAGUUUUUUUUCUAACAAUUGGCAAUGAUGUCGUAGUCAUCGUUGGAUCCUUAAUUCCAGACACUUAUUGAAUUAAAAUUCCACCAUCACCUAUGACAGGUGUCCAGAACAGUAGGUGAGUUUCUGGAUUAAUAGUCUAGUGACAAUGCCACUAGGCCAUCGCUUCCACAGAUACUGAGCCUCUUCCAUUUUAGUGCCAUCUUUGACAUUGUCAACCACACUGUCUUCUCGUUUGCCUUCUUCAUAUUCCAUUAUAAAUGCCUUGUCCUCCCGUACUAUUUGGUAAUACUUUCAAUUUAGUCUACAGUAUUUGCUCAUCGACAUUAGCAGACCAAAGGCAGAUUGAGUGGCCACUUUGUGGACAACCUCAGUUCAGUUCACCUUGUGACCUUUAAUCUCGGGUUACCCGACAUUUUAAUUUUCCAUCUCCUCUGCUGAGAUCCCUUUGUCCUCAACUUUGUGCAGUUUUCCGGUGAAGCUCAAAGUACAAUGCCUCACCUUGAGACUAAGCACCAUACAACCUACCACACUCAAACUGAAUUCAACAUUUUCAAACUUUUCCACCUGCCCAUCUGUUGUCUUUUCCUUUGGUGUUGAUUUUACUUUCACUCUUUUGGACGGUAACUGUUAAUUGUUCUGCCAUUCACAUCUCCUCUAGAUAUUUCUUCCCUCAUUUUUUAUUCCUUCCUGAUAUGUGAGAGUGGCUCGGUGGGCCAGCAUUUAUUGCCUGUCCCUAAUUGCCCUGAAGAAGGUUGUGAUGAGCUCCCCUGCUCUGUUACCACUCUCUCACUGGUCUUGCACCAUUAACCAUUUUUUAAAAAUCUCUAUGUUCCUUUUACAACUGUCACCCCCUUCCUGUGAUUUAAAACCUGUUAAAUCCCUAACUCUGACUGUCAAUUCUGUUUCUGUUUCUCCACAGAGACCUGCAGAGUUUCUUCAGCACUGUUUUUAUUUCAGAUUUCCAGCAUCUGCAGUAUUUUGCUUUUGUAUCAGUCUUGGCCUCAUCCUGUGUAUUAAUAACACACUAACCCUUAGCAAUGUUUGAAAGAAGCACGUAGAAGGGAAGGAAUGAAUUUUCAUUCACCAUGACCUUGGACCGCAACGACUGAGUUCCACCUGUGUAACAUCACCCAAUUCUAACCUCCCUCAGUUCCUUUGCUGUUGAAACCCUCAUCAAUGAUGUUGUUACCCCUAAACUUGAUUAUUCAAAUACUGUGGAGUCCCGUCUUCCAGCCUCCAGCAUCUUGAAGCCAUUUGAAACCCUACUGCCCAAAUCCUAACUCUCUCUAAAUCCUGUAAACAUGUAACCUUGCUGGCUGACAUUGGGUCCCAGUUAAGUAAUGCCUCAAUUUUAAAACUUUUGUUGUCAUUUUCAAAUUCCUCCAUGCUCAACCCCUCUCUAUUUCUAUAAUCUCUUCCAGUUCUAAUAACCCACUGAGAUCUUUUGCAUUCCUCCAAUUCUGGCCUCUUGAGAAUCACCAUUGACAAGAAUUUCUUUAGCUGCCAAGUUUUGGAAUUCCUGUCCUGUGUGGCUCUACAACACAAAAUCCUCUUGUCAAAGAUGUGUAAACAUACACUGCCCCAUCCCCCUAAGUUUAAAACUUUGACUGAUGUUGCCUUGUUAAAUCAAAAUGUAUCAUUUCACACCUCCGUGUGUUAAUGCCCUGACCAUUUUGCUAGGGAAUUGAACAGUGUCCCUCUGUUCUUUUCCAAUGUGUUCCUUUCUGCUUCAGUGUUUGCUGCGUUUCUGGGUUCAGUAUCAUCUGCCAAGUGUAAUACAAUAGACUUUGAACCCAGGUCUAAGUCAUUAUGCAGAAGCUACAGUCUGAGAGGUGAAUGGUCGUUGGGUGAGUUUAAUCAGCUGAGAGUCUAAAGAAACUAGGUUCUUGCAGCAGCUAGCAUUCAGUUCUUCAGUUUCAAAGGGCAGCUCAACUUUCUUGACUGCAAGUGUCUGAGCGCUCAUGUGCAUGCAUUUCCAUCUCAUUAAAACUGAAAUUAAAGUCGUCCUUCUCAAUUAACUUCUAACCAAUUGAGAGAUCCUUCCUUUCAAAUAUGACUGCAUAUAACAGGUAUGUAUCUGUGACAACAAGGUGUGGAGCUGGAUGAACACAGCAGGCCAAGCAGCAUCAGAGGAGCAGGAAAGCUGACAUUUUGGGUAUAGACCAUUCUUCCACUGUGAAGCCCACAGUUCCUAUUAUCUCUGUAUUUGCGACCUUAAGGUUUUCUUGGACUAUGGGGUAAUUAUUUGCUGCUUUCCCCACAUUGUGAUACGUGACGUUUGUAACAUGUUGCAGCAUUACGUGUUCAGGUACAAAAGGGUGAAGGGGAGGAGUCUGGCUUUGUUUGUGAGCCAUCUUAAAGCCCCAAGGGCUAA